AUGGGGCGGAAGCGCGCGCUGCUGGUGGGGAUCAACUACCCGGGCACCAAGGCGGAGCUCAAGGGCUGUCACAACGACGUGGCCCGCAUGCGCCGCUGCCUCCUCGACCGCUUCGGCUUCGACGACGCCGCCAUCCGCGUCCUCGACGACGCCGACCCGGCCGCGCCGCAGCCCACGGGCGCCAACAUCCGCCGGGAGCUGGCGCGCCUCGUCGCCGACGCGCGGCCCGGGGACUUCCUCUUCUUCCACUACAGCGGCCACGGCACGCGCCUGCCCGCCGAGACCGGCCAGGACGACGACACAGGGUACGACGAGUGCAUCGUGCCCUCCGACAUGAACCUCAUCACAGACCAAGAUUUCACAGAGCUUGUGCAGAAAGUCCCUGAUGGCUGCCUGUUCACCAUAGUCUCAGACUCCUGCCACAGUGGUGGCCUGCUUGACAAAGCCAAGGAGCAGAUUGGGCAUAGCACAAGGCAGAACAAGGCCCAGCAAGGUAAACGGGAAGUGCAGUCUGAUUCCGGCAGCGGCUCUGGCUUCCGGUCCUUCCUCAAACAGACGGCCCGGGACGUGUUGGAGUCCCAAGGAGUUCACAUCCCUCACCGUAGCCACCAGGAGAGCAGCUACGAUGACGGUGAGGCUGAGGAACCCUCAGUCACAGAUGGUCACACCAAGAACAGGUCACUGCCCCUCUCGACAUUCAUCGAGAUGCUCAAGGAACAGACCGGGAAGGACGACAUUGAGGUGGGCUCGAUCCGGAUGACGCUGUUCAACAUCUUCGGUGACGACGCCAGCCCCAAGAUCAAGAAGUUCAUGAAGGUGAUGCUGGAAAAGCUGCAGCAGGGACAACACGGGGGCGUGGUGGGUUUUGUGGGUGCCCUGGCGCAGGAGUUGCUGAAGGCUAAGCUACAGGGCAAGCAGGAGGACUUGAAGCCGGCCAUGGAGCAAGAGGUGCACAGCGUGGAAGAGGUCUACGCCGGAACGACGGCGAGGGUGCCCAGCAACGGGGUGCUGAUCAGCGGGUGCCAGACCGACCAGACCUCGGCAGACGCAACCACUUCCAAAGGCUUGUCCUACGGCGCACUCAGCAACGCCAUCCAGGCCAUCCUUGCGGAAAAAAACCGGAAGGUGACGAACAAGGAGCUCGUGCUGAAGGCGCGGGAGCUGCUGUCCAAGCAGGGCUACAAACAGCAGCCUGGACUCUACUGCAGCGAUAAGCACACUGAAGUGGCUUUCAUAUGCUGAGAGCCUGAAACUUUAGCUGUCUUUGUCCAUUGUUGGGACUUGGGAGAAGUUGUCAUUUCUCCUCAUGUGUCGAAUGCUACUGUCUGUGGGUUUGAGUCCUGGACGAUAUGUCUUGCUGAGAAUUGAUUGUGAUGUUUCAGCACAGAAGAACCUUAACA